UAGUUUAGUUGGGUCUCCAAAAUAGGGUUUUGCAGAUUGCAACUCACAUAACAUAGCAGUGAAAGCUGCUGCUGCUGCUGCUGAGUGCAAUCAAUCAUCACCAUGGGAGGAGGGAAGCAUCAAAUCAAUAAGGCUCACAAGUCACGCUUCUCUUCCAAGUCUUCUCGCAACAUUCACAAAACCUCUGUUAAAGAUAGACUUGCAAUCGUAAAAAAUGACCGCAAUAUCGGCAAAGGUGCUCGUGCUGCUCGACUUCAGAGAAAUAAAAUGAUACGUGAGCAAAAAAAGGCUGCAGUCUUGAAAGAGAAAAGAGAAUUGACUGGAUCCAAAUGUCCUCCCCGCGUGAUUGUUCUUUUUGCCCUUUGUGCUACUGUGGAUUUAGAACCACUUGCAGAUGAUCUUUUGACAUUGUUAUCUAAAGAAUUUUCUGCGGCGCGGUCAGAGACAGUUGCCUCUUCUGAAUAUAGGACCAGAGCAACGGUACUAAAAGCACCUCAUGGUGAUCUACUAUCCUGCAUGGAAAUGGCUAAGGUUGCUGAUCUACUGGUUUUUGUGGCCUCUGCAAGGUCUUCGUGCGAAGAUACUGAUUCUUACUUCACCGAUUCAUUUGGAAGUCAAUGCCUUUCUGUAUUUAGGUCUCUUGGUUUACCAAGCACUGCUGUCUUUAUUCGUGAUCUGCCAACCGAGCUAAAACAAAGAAAUGAACUAAAGAAGAUCUGUACAUCUAGUCUUGCCACUGAAUUUCCCGAGGACUGUAAAUUUUAUCCAGCUGAUACAAAGGAAGAUCUUCACAAGUUCCUGUCCCUCUUUAAAGAGCAAAGGCUUAAAACUCCUCAUUGGAGAACUCAACGAUCUUACCUCAUGGCUAACAAGGUCGACACGGUAUAUGAUGGCAAUUCUGAAAAAUGCACCCUCGUUCUCAGUGGUUACCUUCGUGCUCGUAACCUCUCCGUGAAUCAACUGGUACAUGUAUCAGGAGCAGGAGAUUUUCAACUGUGCAAAAUUGAGGUUCUUAAGGAUCCAUUUCCUUUGAAUUCUAGAAAAAAUCAGGACUUGAUGGAUUCAGAUGAAGUGCAUGAUGUGGAGGUCAUUCGUACUCUAGUUCCAGAUCCUGACAAUCAAGAAUCUUUAGUUGCCGAGAAUACACCCGAUCCUCUUGCUGGAGAGCAGACAUGGCCAACGGAAGCUGAAAUAGCAGAGGCUGAUGAAGAUCAAAAGCAAAAAAAGAUAAGAAAGAGGAAGCUUCCUGCUGGCACUUCAGAAUACCAGGCUGCUUGGAUUGUUGAUGACUCUGAUGACGAGGAGUCGGACUGUGACAAUGAAGAUGUUGAUGGUAUGGUGUUGGAUGAAGUAGAUGGGUUUCCAGGUCAAGAGGGAAAUGAGUAUUUAGAUCACGAUGGCGAUGGAGCUUCACUAAGACUUGGAGAUUCUGAAGAUGAAACUGACAAUGAUUCAGUGAUGAUGGAAGUAGAUAACAUGACUAGGGAGAAGAUACAAGACGAACUUAAGGAACUUAAAGAAGCACAUGCUGCAGAUGAGGAGUAUCCUGAUGAAGUGGAUACACCAUUGGAUGUUCCGGCUAGGAAGCGGUUUGCAAAAUACAGGGGACUCAAGUCCUUCAGGACUUCUUCAUGGGAUCCUAAAGAAUCUCUACCUCAAGAUUAUGCCAAAAUUUAUGAGUUUGAUAAUUUUAAAAGACUACAAAAGCAUGUUCUUGCUAAAGCUUUAGAAUUGGAAAAAGAAAACAGAGAGGACUGUGUUUCAGUUGGCUCAUAUGCUAGGCUGCAUAUCAAGGAAGUGCCCAGUGCUGUUGCAUCAAAAUUAUGUAUAAUUGCAAAGACAACCCCGAUUACAACAUGUGGCCUUUUGAAACACGAGUCAAAACUAUCUGUCCUUCAUUUCAGCGUGAAGAAGCACGAAACAUAUGAGACACCCAUCAAAUCCAAGGAAGAGUUAAUAUUUCAUGUUGGGUUUCGGCAAUUUGUUGGCAGACCAACUUUCUCUAGUGAGUUCAUAAACACAGACAAGAACAAGAUGGAGAGGUUUCUCCAUGCUGGACGCUUUUCAGUUGCUUCAAUUUAUGCACCAAUUUCAUUUCCUCCUCUUCCUACAAUAGUCCUAAAGAGAGUUAGAGAGGAUGCCACACCAGUAGUGGCUGCUGUUGGUUCACUGAAAACUGUUGAUCCAGAUAGGAUAAUCCUUAAGCGUGUUAUUUUGACAGGCUACCCCCAAAGAGUAUCAAAACGUAAAGCUUCUGUGAGACACAUGUUCUAUAAUCCAGAGGAUGUUAAAUGGUUCAAGCCUGUAGAGCUCUAUACCAAACGUGGUCUUCGUGGUCGAAUUAAAGAACCUGUUGGUACACACGGAGCAAUUAAGUGUCUUCUCAAUGGGGUUCUUGAACAGCGUGAUACUGUAUGUUUGAAUUUAUUUAAACGUGCAUACCCGAAGUGGCCGACUCGUCAUUUUCCUAUAUUAGAUUUUUGAUGGGAUGGCAGUUGAAUUCUAUUAUUGAUCAAGGAAUUCAAUAGAAAGCCAAUUGGGAAUGAAGCUUUGGUUCAGAUUGACUUCCUUGAAUGGAGGAUGCAGUUUAGUGGCCCGUUUAUUUACUUAAGAAAACGAAGGCCAGAACCCCUUGCUGGUUUCUGAACGUCAGAGAAGAUAAAUUAAUAGAUAUCAAAUUUUGUAUUUUUUUUUUUUUGCACACAGAAAUACUGUGUACUAGGUGUUCACAUUAUGAUUCAUUUAUAGUAUCAUUGUGGAAUGAACUUCAUUUCAGUUAAGGCUACUUUAUGCAUGUUCAGACAUUCUAUUGUAUUGUAGCUGUUGAUUGGUCUA